GCCAGUCAGAGUCCGCCAGGAAGCCGAGAGCGAUCCGCGCGGUGUGUCUGCUGCUGCUCCUCCUUCCCCGGACAAAGCCGCCGCCGUUGCCGCCACUCCCGCCCCACACCUCGCCGCGCAGCUCGCCUCGGAACCCCGCCGCUUAACGGAGAGCCAUGUCGGCCAGCAGCCUCCUGGAGCAGAGACCGAAGGGACAAGGCACCAAAGUGCAAAAUGGAUCAGUGCAUCAGAAAGACAGCUUAAAUGAUGAUGAUAUCGAACCUUACUUGAGUCCUCAGGCCAGACCGAACAACGCAUAUACUGCAAUGUCAGAUUCCUACAUGCCGAAUUACUACAGCCCAUCCAUUGGAUUUUCCUACUCCUUGGGUGAAGCUGCUUGGUCUACUGGGGGGGAUCCACCUAUGCCCUAUUUGACUUCUUAUGGGCAGCUAAGCAAUGGAGAGCCUCAUUUUCUCCCCGAUGCCAUGUUUGGACAGCCAGGGGCCCUUGGCAGCACACCCUUUCUGGGACAGCAUGGCUUUAACUUUUUUCCAAGUGGGAUUGACUUCUCUGCUUGGGGUAAUAACAGUUCUCAGGGGCAAUCAACUCAAAGUUCAGGAUACAGUAGCAACUAUGCUUACGCACCAAGUUCGCUGGGUGGAGCUAUGAUUGAUGGACAGUCAGCGUUUGCUAAUGACACCUUGAAUAAGGCACCUGGCAUGAACACCAUAGACCAAGGAAUGGCCGCCUUGAAACUAGGCAGCACUGAUGUAGCAAGCAAUGUCCCAAAAGUUGUUGGCUCUGCCGUUGGCAGUGGGUCUAUCGCCAGUAAUAUUGGAACUUCUAAUAGCUUGCCCCCAGCUACUAUUGCUCCUCCCAAACCAACAUCCUGGGCUGAUAUUGCAAGCAAACCUGCAAAACAGCAGCCCAAGCUGAAGACCAAGAAUGGGAUUGCAGGCUCAAGUCUUCCACCGCCCCCCAUUAAACACAAUAUGGACAUUGGAACUUGGGAUAAUAAAGGACCAGUGGCAAAAAACCCUUCCCAGGCUUUAGUUCAGAAUAUUGGUCAGCCACCAACCCAAAUAUCUCCCCAGCCAAUGGGUCAACAGAUGAAUAAUAGCCCACCAGCAAUGCAGCCUUCAGCAGGACAACAGCCACAACCUCUGCCACCUGCACCACCUCAACCAACUCAGUUGCCAGUUCAGCAGCAGGCAGCUCAGCCUGCCCGUUGGGUCGCGCCUCGUAACCGUGGAAAUGGAUUUGGCCAAAAUGGAGUUGAUGGCAAUGCAGUAGGACAGUCUCAAGCCACCUCUGGGUCUGCGCCUUUGGAGCCCCACCCUGUCUUGGAGAAGUUGAGAUCUAUCAACAACUACAACCCAAAGGAUUUUGACUGGAACCCAAAACAUGGGAGGGUCUUCAUUAUCAAGAGUUACUCUGAAGACGACAUCCACCGUUCCAUUAAAUAUAACAUCUGGUGCAGUACAGAGCAUGGUAAUAAGAGACUGGAUGCUGCUUAUCGGUCCAUGAAUGGAAAAGGUCCUGUUUACUUACUGUUCAGUGUCAACGGCAGCGGUCAUUUCUGUGGAGUGGCAGAAAUGAAAUCUGCCGUGGACUACAAUACGUGUGCUGGUGUGUGGUCCCAGGACAAAUGGAAGGGGCGAUUUGAUGUCAGGUGGAUUUUUGUGAAGGACGUUCCCAACAGCCAACUGCGGCACAUUCGCCUAGAGAACAAUGAGAAUAAACCAGUGACCAACUCCAGGGACACUCAGGAGGUGCCUCUGGAAAAGGCCAAACAGGUGCUGAAAAUCAUUGCUACCUACAAGCACACCACUUCCAUCUUUGAUGACUUCUCACACUAUGAGAAACGCCAGGAAGAGGAGGAAAAUGUGAAAAAGGAACGUCAAGGCCGUGUCAAAUAAACCGUUGGGCCCUUUCACAGAGACUGCAACACAGAUGGUGCAUCUCGGAUAUCUUUCAAAAGGAAGAAAGACUACACCAGAAGGAAUUAGGACUUAUUUCAUUGACUCCAUACAAACUCUUAUAAACGUACAGUUU